CCAGCUGAUGGUGACACUUAGUCGGCUUUGUUCUGUUUCUUUUUAUUGUUUGUUUUUAAGCACUUUUAUCAUUAUUGUUUUAAAUAAUGGACGAUAGGAAAGUUUUAAUUAGUUUAGAUGAUGGAUCUAGUGAUGACGAUGAUGCAAUCGUACCCCAAAAAGAUACAGUUCAAAGCUCAAAACCUAUUCAAGAUUUCGGUUCCAAUCUGACCGAAGAACCCACACCUACUUCUUUAAGUACAGAAGCGCCAGGUAUUUCGGGGAAUCACCAAGAAAUAGAUACCGACCAGCCUCCACUAUUAGGCCACAAUGCUUUACCAAUUGUUACUAAUAUUCCCAUAAAUGGAAAUGCAGGCCAUUCAAAUAGGGAUAUAGAAAACUCGGAACCCAUUUUCCAUUUGAGAUCCCGCACUGCAGCCGCCUCCACUCCCAAUUACGAGAGCUUGGACUAUGAAGUUUGCGAAAACACACUCUUCCAAGAGGAGCAGCGACAAAGGCUAACGGAGCGUUUCUCCCUGCGCAAGGAUGUCAUAAGAUGGAUCAUAUUUAUACAGAUUGGAAUUAUCACAGCCCUUAUAGCUUGCACAAUAGACAUCAUUAUCGAAGAACUGUCAGAAUUGAAGUACGCCUUCCUUUACAGAUCUGUUCAACAAAACGUCCCACUUAGCGAUUCGAGUUCGGGAGAUCUUGUGAUUCCUUACCUUUACUGGCUUCUCUUCAGCAUUUUGCCCGUGGCCUUUGGAGCAGCCAUGGUUACUUAUAUUGAGCCUAUAACUGCUGGCAGUGGUAUUCCACAGGUGAAGAGCUACCUGAAUGGCGUUAAAAUACCUCGUAUCGUACGAAUUAAAACGCUGGCCGUUAAGGCUAUCGGUGUGAUAACCUCCGUGGUCGGUGGAUUGGCUGGAGGAAAGGAAGGUCCAAUGAUUCAUGCCGGCGCUGUGGUUGCUGCCGGAAUCUCUCAGGGCAAGAGCACAACUUUUGUAAAGGAUUUCCGUAUAUUCAAGGCAUUUCGGGAUGACCACGAGAAAAGAGAUUUCGUCCUUGGGGGCGGAGCAGCUGGAGUUUCAGCCGCUUUUGGAGCACCAAUUGGUGGAAUGUUGUUCUCAUUGGAAGAAGCGGCCAGUUUUUGGAACCAGAAUCUCAUUUGGCGCACGCUGGUGGCUUCCAUUAUCAGUGUGUUUACCUUGAAUAUUGUAUUAUCGGCUUACCAUGGCCUCAACGAUUUUACAUUCACGGGCCUCUUCAAUUUGGGCAAAUUUGAUACCCCAUUAAAAUUCGAUUACUUUGAGCUGCCCAUCUUUAUGAUCCUCGGAGUAACUGGAGGAUUACUUGGAGCCGCCUGGAACUCACUAAACACUAAAAUCAAUAAGUUCCGAAAGCGCUUUAUUCCCUGGAAGAUUGGAAAGGUUCUUGAAGCUGUUGUAGUGGCCAUGAUGGGUGUAACUCUAGCUUGCCUUAUGAUCUACUUUAUCAACGAUUGUCGUCCAUUGGGUAACGAUCCAACCAACAAUCCCGUACAGCUGUUUUGCGAGGACAACGAAUAUAAUGCUGUGGCUGCUCUAUGGUUUCAAACUCCGGAGGCAACAGUCCGAUCUCUGUUCCACGAUCCUCCAGGAUCGCAUAAAAUUCUAACGCUAGCUCUGUUUACUGUCGUAUAUUAUGUGUUAUCUUGUGCCACAUUUGGCCUUAAUGUCUCUUUGGGUGUUUUCAUCCCAACUGCUCUGGUUGGUGCUGCUUGGGGACGUCUUUUUGCAAUGCUAGCUUUCUAUCUGUUUCCAGAGGCUGAGUUCCUGCAUCCUGGUAAAUAUGCUUUGAUUGGAGCUGCUGCUAACUUGGGUGGAGUGCUCCGGAUGACCAUUAGCUUGUCGGUUAUUUUGAUGGAAACAACAGGCAUAGAGAGCUCCUUCUUCUUUCCCCUUAUCAUUGCACUAAUCAGUGCCAAAUGGGUCGGCGAUUACUUCAACGAGGGCAUCUACGAUACUCAAAUCCAAGUGAAUCAUGUGCCAAUGCUGACUUGGGAGCCGUUACCGCAAUACAAAGGUCUGGCAGCUCGCGAGAUACUGAGCAGUCCAGUAGUCUGCAUCAAGCUUCGCGAUAGGGCUCAUUACAUCUAUCACGUGCUGAAGAAGUGCGAUCAUAAUGGCUUUCCUGUGGUGGAUGAUGUGCACGGGGAUCGUCGUUCGGAGGGUCGAGUUUGCGGCAUUAUUUUACGUUCCCAACUGAUUGUAAUUUUGCUCAAAUCUCUAUAUGUGGAGAACAAACAUUUCUGGCUGCCAGAAACAUCGAUUCAGACAUUUAGAGAUGUCUAUCCUCGUUAUCCAUCCAUUAAGGAUGUUCGCGAGCUGGAUGAAAAAAUCAAUUACACUGUGGACUUGUCCAUGUUUAUGAAUCCAUCGCCCGUCCGAGUCAAUCCACACGAUUCGGUGCCCAGAAUUUUUCAGAUUUUCCGCGCUUUGGGUCUGCGUCACCUGUUGGUUAUCAACAAUGAGAAUCGCAUUGCUGGCAUUAUAACGAGAAGGGAUUUUAUUUACAAGUAAUUCGUAUGCAUUCCAUGCAGCUUACAAAUGUCUGUCGAAUGCCAAACGUAUCUGUAACUAAAAAUGAUAAUAAAUAUUUUAUAUAUCUUUGUAAUCCCGUCAUAUCAUUGUACCAAAAAAAAUCUAAUUCACUUUUGAUAAA